GCGGCGACUGUGGAGCUGUGGUAUCACAGUGCAUCUCGUCGCCGCGGGUGUCCUUGCAGGGACAUUUGCAGACAAGGACUAGAACUUGGAUUGGGCAUUCCUCAACCACCGGACCCCCUGGCGCUGCGCGGCCCCUGCUCGGCCGAGAUCCAGGCUGCUGGUGAUUGAUUUGACGAGGAUUAUUAGAUCAUGACGAAUGCAAGCAGGUGCGGCCACGACGUUGAGCCUGCCCGGCGACGGAUCUGCGCGGCGGGAGCUUGCCGGCCCGUAGCUGCCAAGGUCCCGGCUCGUAAAGACACCCACCUGUAUAUAGAGCAAUUGGCACCCCUCUUUCUUCGCUGGAGAGUGAAGCAGUCCCAUUCCAUCUUCCAAACGCAACCGCACUAGACGACCGCAAACAGCCUUGAGCGUCCAAUUCCACAUUCCCAGGGACAACACACCACUGUACAGCAUGGCUCCCAAGAUCGCAAUCGUCUUUUACUCGAUGUACGGCCAUAUUCGGCAGCUUGCCGAGGCCGAGAAGGCGGGUAUCGAGAAGGCCGGCGGCACUGCUGAUCUCUUCCAGGUCCCCGAGACGCUGCCCCAGGACGUGCUGGACAAGAUGCACGCCCCCGCCAAGCCGACUGACAUCCCCGUCCUCGAGGACCCCAGCGAGCUGGAGAAGUACGACGGGUUCCUGCUGGGCGUGCCGACGCGGUAUGGCAACUUCCCCGCGCAGUGGAAGGCCUUCUGGGACAAGACGGGCAAGCAGUGGGCCACGGGCGGCUUCUACGGCAAGUACGCCGGCGUGUUCAUCUCGACCGCCAGCGCCGGUGGCGGCCAGGAGUCGACGGCGCUCGCCAUCAUGAGCACGCUCGCCCACCACGGCAUCAUCUACGUGCCGCUCGGCUACGCCAAGGCGUUCGGCAUCCUCACCGACCUGAGCGAGCUGCGUGGCGGCAGUGCCUGGGGCGCGGGCACGUUCGCGGGCGCCGAUGGCAGCCGGCAGCCCAGCGACAAGGAGAAGGAGCUGGCGACCAUCCAGGGCGAGUGGUUCUACAACACGGUGAAGAAGUCUCUCGGCGGGACGGAGGGAGGUUCCCAGGCAGCCACGGCUGCUGCCGCGCCGAAGGAGGGGAGAUCGAAGGAACAGGGAAGCAAAGAGCAGCCAAGUCCCGUGAAGGAUACCAAGGAGGGGCCAUGCGGCCUGCCAAAUAAGUGUGCGAUACUAUAGAGUCGAAUUUCGUCACUCCGCGUGCGCAUUGCAUCCUCUCUCAGUGCGGCCUGGUGAUGAACGAUGUCAACGAUGCAGAGAGCGAGGCGCGGUAGUACGGAAUUGCGAGACAGUUGGAUUAGCGCCCGCAAACAAUUCCUGAAAGAUAGUGUAAUAACCAGCGAAUACGCGCUAAAUAUUGCGUACCACAUUACGGAGUACAUGGUAGGCACACGAGACUGUAG